AUGGCGGGUCAUGAAAAACAUUUAAACGAAAAGGGUUCUGAUGGUCGGGAAGUUUUGGUGUGGCAAUCGUCUUUGGCAAGCGCUAAACAAUGCAUAUUGAAAAAGAACUAUGGGAGAGCAUUUGCUCACUUUCUCCUCGUGUUAAAGCUUUGUCCGAGCAUGAAGAGUGCUCUCAAGGACGACUUCGUUCUGUCAAUGAGGGAAUGGACAGAGUGUCUCGAGCGACAAGGAAGGAUCCAUGAUAUGUUCAAAUGCUAUGACCAGGCGUGCGAGCUUUUUCCUGAAUGCGAAGCAGCAUUGAAUAACAUCGGGGCACAAUUGUUUCGAUUAGGCUACACAGAUGAAGCAGCCCUCUACGUUCGCCGGGCACUGAAACUGUGUCCUGAUUUUCUAGCUGCCAGAGAGAAUCUGGAGAAUAUCUGCAGUCACCUCGUUGAGCGUUGGCACUUUCGCAUGUUGAAUGACAUGACACGAAACAGGGCAUUUCGUGACGGCAUUGACCUGGCAGUAACACAGGGUUUCAACACAGUGCUGGAUAUUGGUGCAGGGACAGGAUUACUCAGUUUGUUUGCUGAGGAAGCUGGUGCGGUGAUUGUCCAUGCGUGUGAGGUGUCCAAGUCAAUGUGUGAUGUGGCAUCUGAGAUUAUCACAGCAAACUGCAGUGCUGCUGACAAAAUAAAUCUCAUACCUAAACUGUCCCUGGACCUUUCUAUUCCACAGGACAUUCCUUCAAGGGUGUCUCUGGUUGUCACGGAAACAUUUGAUGCGGGCCUGUUUGGGGAGCAUAUCAUCUCAACACUUCACCAUGCGUGGGAACACCUCCUCCUGCCGCCAGCUGAACACACACAAAAAGGAGGCCGGGUCAUCCCAGCUGGUGCAUCAGUGUACCUGUGUCCUAUAGUCGAAACCAUUAGGAAAGGAAACAGACUGCUGUAUCCUGUGCUGCUGAACCUUGACCUUCGGGGCAUUGACCUCGUGUGUCGGACGUCGGUCAGUGAGGAGGAGCCCUACACAACAGAGAGGCUAUCGUCAGUCAGGGGAGGAUACCGGCAGCUUGCUCCACCGAAAGUUGCACUGAAGGUCAACUUCUGUAAUCCACAGGAAGUUGCAGCACUGCAUGAUGGGAUUGACAAGAUGGAGGAGCUGCACAUAAACCAAGCAGGCAAGCUGGAUGCUGUUGCCAUGUGGUUUGACCUUGACCUUGACAAGAAUGUGACCAUCACCACAGCUCCACACAUUGUCAACUGCUGGGACCAGGCUGUGUUCCCUGUCCUGGCGUCACACUUCACUCAAGUACAAGAAGAAGAUGUGCGUGAAAACUUCGCAGUGAAAGAAGGCGACAGAGUGAGUGUGAACUAUUCUUUGCAAGAUGACUGUUUCCGUGUCCGUUGUCGGAAAGUGACAAGAGCUCACAAUCCUUCCAGAUCUGAAAAGAAGAAACAUUUCCGUAAAAUGGACGAUGCCAGUCACAUGUAUUCCCUGUCUCAGUGUGAAAUCUCACAGUUGAAUGACAUCACACUGAAUAGACAUUACCUGCAAGCCCUGGAAGCAGCUAGAAAGAAAAUACCUCACGCGACAUCGCUACUUGACCUUUCAGAUGGGUUCUCUCCCCUUGGACUUCAGGCUGCAUUGAUUGGCUACAGUGAUAUAACAAUAACGUCGUCAUCGGAGGAAACAAGGGAAAUACUGUGUCAUAUUGCAGAUAUUAAUAGCAUAUCUCGGGACCAACUGACAUUUAUUCAAGCGAAGGAGAUACUGGACACGGACAUGGAGUUUGAUACCAUUGUUGUUGAGCUGUUUGAGUCAAGUGGAGUCUUUAGGCAGCAGAUACUGGAGGACUUGGCACUAACACGAUUGACCUCCCUGACAGGAGGGGGUGUUGUGUUGCCAGGGAAACUGACGGUGAUGGGAAUGUGCAUUGAGUCGGAGGACUUGGCCAAGUCCAGCUUUGUUGUGACCAGUGAAUACACACUGGGUUAUCAGAUAGCAGACUUCAUCCGAGACUUUCAGGCAACAACUCACCCAGAUAUUGAUCUUCACACCCUCACAUACAAGAGACUCUGUGAGCCAUUUGAACUGUUUCAACUGGACUUCAAUGAAGACAGGUCAGAUUCUGAUCUCCCACCAUUCCUUCAACAGGAAAAGGAAGUGAGUGUAUUUGUGACAGACACAGGGUGUGUCCAUGCAGUGGUAUAUUGGUUUGAGGUGCAGGUGAUGGACGACAUCCGAUUCAGCACUUUGGAUCCAAGUCUUCACUGGAGACAAGCAGCCAAGAUGAUUGGAGGACAUGUGGUUGUGUCAGCCGGCCAGACUCAGACAUUUAAACUGAUACUGAAAAACAGCUGUAUUGAUGUUAAAGUGGCUACAUGAGACAGCUGUUACUGAGUGCAUCUGGAAACAGCUGUAUAGAUGUUAAACCAGUUACAUGAAACAGCCCUCACUAAGUGCAUCUGGAAACAGCUGUAUAGAUGUUAAACCAGUUACAUGAAACAGCCCUCACUAAGUGCAUCUGGAAACAGCUGUAUAGAUGUUAAACCAGUUACAUGAAACAGCCCUCACUAAGUGCAUCUGGAAACAGCUGUAUAGAUGUUAAACCAGUUACAUGAAACAGCCCUCACUAAGUGCAUCUGGAAACAGCUGUAUAGAUGUUAAACAAGUUACAUGAAACAGCCCUCACUAAGUGCAUCUGGAAACAGCUGUAUAGAUGUUAAACCAGUUACAUGAAACAGCCCUCACUAAGUGCAUCUGGAAACAGCUGUAUAGAUGUUAAACUUGUUACAUGAAACAGCACUCACUAAGUGCAUCUGGAAACAGCUGUAUAGAUGUUAAACCAGUUACAUGAAACAGCCCUCACUAAGUGCAUCUGGAAACAGCUGUACAGAUGUUAAACCAGUUACAUGAAACAGCCCUCACUAAGUCAUC